UCGGCUGCUGGAGAUUCUGUGUUCAGUUUUCAGUGUUUGUUGGUAUGGGAGAAAGCGGUCAAUAUGAACAAGGUGUCGCAAUCACCCAAAGUCGCGUCAGAAUUCGCAGAUUAUUAUAAGGCUCGCUCAAAAGUUAAAGAUCAAGAAGAAAGACGACAGCUGUUAUUACAUGAACAGAAAAGGAGUAGGGAUGAAUCCUUCAACAAAACACGUGGCUUGCUUGUCCUGGAAGAAGAUCUUGAAGAUGAGUCAAUGGACUGCACUACUCCCAGAGUUGCAAGAAAGUGGCCAUACUAUGGUGUUCUAAUGAUGUCUGAAUGGUUGCUGCAAGUCCCUGCAGAUUUGGAUAGCAAGUGGUUUGUUGUACCUUGUCCUGUGGGCAAACGAACUCUGGUAGUUUCAUCUAGGCGAGGGACAAGAGCCUAUGACAAGAGGGGCUUACCGACUGCAUCGUUCCAAUCUGUGUUACCAGCAGGCACAAUGUUGGACUGUGUGUGGUGCAGGGAGCAACGUAAAUAUUUUGUGCUGGAUGUUCUUAUGUGGAACAGGAAAACAUUACUUGAUUGUGAGACAGAGUUCCGCAGCUAUUGGAUGGAAACAAAGUUCCAACAAGAAAAUUCUGAGGCAACUGAAAAAUCUGCAGAGAACCCAUUUCCUUUCUUGCCUCUGCCUUACAGGCGUUGCACUAUGGAUGCAGUUGGAGAUAUUUUGAGUGGUGUAGAACUGCCUGGUGGUUCCUUAGAUGGUCUCCUGUUUUAUCACAGUGAAAGUCACUAUACUGCAGGUUCAACACCACUUGUUGGUUGGCUAAAGCCCCACAUGAUACCUGAAGUCUUGGGUGUGGAUGUUCACCCACGAUACCUUGAGGAACGUCCUUCUGACUAUGAGAGUGUGGCUGUUUAUGUACAAAAGUCAGCAAUAGCUAAACGAAACAAGCAGCGGCAGCAUCAAAGGCGCCGUAAUAGGAGCAGAAACAAAAUUGUAAAUAUGGAGACAGAAUGCUUAAGUGAUGGCUCACCCACGACUGCUGCACAUGAUGUAAAAGAACCAGAUGCAGCUGAGUUUGAAUGUGAUAUUUCUAAUGAAUUAUCUAUGAUUGAUAUCAGUAUUGAAGAUGUAUCUUCUGAUUCACCUCAAUCUUGAGUUCAUGUUUUUGUAUGUUGUAAGCUGAGUAAAGAGUGCUUAUUUAUUUCUA